AUGUCGUCCAGCAUCACCCGGCCACCAGCCGCCUCUUCGACGAGUGCGCAGCCAGAAAGGUCAUUCUUCGAGCAACAGCGGGAGAUUCUGCUGCAGGAGAUUGGCAUUAGCUUUGAACAUGUAUUGGCGAAUAUCAACAAACUGAAUCGAUCGCUGGAGGGUGUCAUUGCUGUCGGAAAUGAAUUCGGCUCAGUUGAGGCACUAUGGUCGCAAUUCGAGAAUGUGAUGGCUAAAGAUCCCGACGCGGAGCCAGAAGGACAGGACGAAGAGGGAGAAGAUGGACAUGGAGAAGACGAGACCGAGUUGAGUGAGGCGCAGGGAAAUGGUCGAUAA